AUGCACUGCCUCAUCGCAGUGCUUCUGCUGACGAAACCUUCAUGGCACACAAGUGACCGUCUAAUAUUAAUCGGUUACACUAGUCGCAAUAACUAUUUCGUGUAUCCGGCUCCAAGUGACCAGCAAUUUCCGGGAACAGCGGAAAAUUCUGGCAUAUUCAUGACUGAGAGCAAAAUCAAUGGAGCUGGCACUUAUAUGAGGUAUUACUGCUCGUAUUUGACUCAUCUUGGCGAUAUGGUAGCAGGAAUAGUCGGAGAACAAUUUCCUAUGCCGUACAGCGACAUUACUCAGUCUAAAAACAAUCCUAUAACACAUGAGAGAUGUCGCGAAUACCUUGACUCUCUCAUUCAAAUAUCGCAAUCAACCCGGAUGUCAGAUAUCAUAAAAAACUCCGCGUGCAAAGCAAGCGAUAUAGCAUCUCUAGCAUUUGCAGGUAAAAUCUCAAUCGGUGGAGUAAACAGGGGCUUCGCGCCGCCCGAGAAUACUUCACUCUUUGAAGUGAUAGCCGAUAAGCAGGUAAAAUUGUCGGAUUUAGUAUUAGCCGAUCAGUCAGUCAUCUUGAACGGCUCACAUAGAUCGACUGCGCUUGUUUGGUAUCAAGGAUAUUUGCAUAAACUCAACAAAUGUGGCUUUAACACUUGGUCCUUCGAGACGGAAUUUAAUGGAGAUAAUGGAGUAGAAUUGUUUACAUAUUUACGACAGCUAAAUGAAAAAUUUGGAGAACCCUCAAAGCUUUUAAUGGAUAAAGAGCUAAAUCGCUCUCAGAGACCAACAAUACCCAAAGACAACGCCUAUCAAGCUGCUGAAAUUAGAUAUAAUGAUGUUCAUAUUCAUUAUCAAAAAGUAAAUGUAAUCAAGGGUAGAUUACCUGUAGGACCGAUCACAGGGUUUGUCGACGGAAGGUGA